UCAACACACAGUGAGUCGUGAUCAUUCUCUCUCUGCUCUCGAUCUCCAUCGCCAACUUCCGUGUCUCCGAGCAGAUCUCGUUUCCGGCGAAAAGACACGAUGUCGGGGCAAACGCAGCGUCUGAACGUGGUCCCCACGGUCACCAUGCUGGGAGUGGUGAAGGCGCGUCUCGUGGGGGCCACGCGCGGCCACGCGCUCCUCAAGAAGAAGAGCGACGCGCUCACCGUGCAGUUCCGCCAGAUCCUCAAGAAGAUCGUCUCCACCAAGGAGUCCAUGGGCGACAUAAUGAAAACGUCGUCGUUCGCGCUCACCGAGGCCAAGUACGUCGCCGGCGACAACAUCAAGCACGUCGUCCUCGAGAACGUCCGCGAGGCCUCCCUCCGCGUCCGCUCCCGCCAGGAGAACGUCGCCGGCGUCAAGCUCCCCAAGUUCGACUACACCUCCGACGCCGACGCCGCCAAGAGCGACCUCACCGGCCUCGCCCGCGGCGGCCAGCAGGUCCAGCAGUGCCGCGCCGCCUACGUGAAGGCCAUCGAGGUCCUCGUGGAGCUCGCCUCUCUCCAGACCUCGUUUCUCACUCUGGACGAGGCCAUCAAGACCACCAAUCGUAGGGUUAACGCGCUGGAGAACGUGGUUAAGCCUCGGUUGGAGAAUACCAUUAGUUACAUCAAGGGCGAAUUGGAUGAGUUGGAGAGGGAGGAUUUCUUCAGGCUCAAGAAGAUUCAGGGCUACAAGAAGAGGGAGAUCGAGAAGCAGUUGCAGUUGCAGUUGCAGUUGCAGAUGCAGUCCUCCUCCAAGUUGCCUGUCAACAUAGGGGUUUCCUUCAAUUCCUCUCACAACUUGUUGGCUGUGGCUGACAAAGACGACGAUAUUAUUUUCUGAAUUCUUGGUGAGUCAGACUUAUCUACUAUUGUUUAGCUCACAAUUUACUGUAUCAUCAAUAAUGGUGCUUAGUAUAUAUUUAUUUAUCUCUUUGUUUAUUGAGAUGGUCAAUUUUUUUUCGAGUUCCGGGGUGUUCAGAUGAUCGUCGUUAUUAUCGUAUAUGAUGAUCUUAUGGAUUUUUUUAAGUUGUUGUCAAGUAUAUUACAUCUCAAUAGAACCUGUAGUUAUUGUUGGUUUAGCUUAUCAGUUGCAUUUCGCCUAUA